AUGUCGGAAAAACUAUGCGACAAACACGACGGCAGCCGACAAAAACCCUUCCGCUUCGUCGUCAUGUUUCUCGUCGUCGUGCUCGCCACCAUUUUCAUCACUUGGGCCGUCCUCCGGCCCACGAAGCCCACAUUCACCCUCGAGGACGCCACCGUCUUCAAGCUCAACAUCUCGGCCCCAAACGUCGUCUCGGCCACCAUCCAGGUCACCGUGUCGGCCCACAACCCAAACUCCAAAAUCGGCAUCUACUACGAGGCCCUCCAUGCGUACGCAACCUACCGUGGCCAGCAGGUCACUUACUUCACGACAAUCCCACCGGCCUACCAGGGCCAUGGGGGCGUCGACACUUGGUCACCGUUCAUCUACGGGGCCGACGUCCCCGUGGCACCGUACAACGGACUUGCCCUAGCCCGGGAUACGGCCGAUGGGGCAGUCCCACUUAUGAUCAAGGUCAACGGUCGGGUCAAGUGGCGGGUCGCGUCGGUCGUGACGGGCAAGUACCACCUGCACGUCACGUGCCCAGCAGUCAUCCCGAUUGGGAAUGGAAAGAAUGUCGGGAUUGUGGUUGGCAAUGCGAUCAAGUAUCAGCUCUCGCAGAGUUGUAGUGUCAAUGUUUAA